AUGGCCAAUCGAAGGCUCAUCGAGCUACUGGAGAAAGGCGGCCACCUGGAUAACAGGCAACACGCGUUCCGACCAGGCAAGGGUGCCAACACCUACUUCGCCGCACUGGGUCAAAUACUGGACGACACAAGAAGGAAAGGGCACCACGUCGAAAUGGCAUCGUUGGACCUCUCGGAGGCGUACAACUGCACCUGGACACCCGGUGGUCCUGGUAGGAAACCAAACAUCAAGAGCAACCAAGGAAGAAACCGGGGUCCCCAGGGCUCAGUAAUUGCCGUCACCCUCUUCCUCAUCGCGAUGGAAGGCGUCUUCGACCGACUACCGAAAGGGAUAUACAUCCUGGUGUACGCCGACGACGUCCUGCUGGUGGUUACAGGAAAGCACCCUAAAGCUACGCGGCGGAAACUACAAGCGGCCGUCAACGACGUGACAAAAUGGGCCAAAUCACCCGGCUACGUUAUGUCUGCGGGUAAGUGUUCCCGAACCCAUAUAUGCAGCAUCAACCAACGACCUCCAACCCAACCCAUCGCCAUCGACAAAAUCCCCAUCCAUACCAAGAAAACCUGCAAGAUCCUCGGUGUCACAGUGGACAGGAAACUCAAUUUCAGUGACCACUGCAACCGAGUACGGGGUGAAUCGAAUGCAAUCAUCUGCAGCCGACUCCUCUACGGCAUCGAGCUGAGCAUCCUCAACCUUGACAACCUCAUCAUCCUGCUAGGGCCAACAUAUAACAGGACUAUCCGGAUAGUCUCCGGACUGCUCCCGUCGACCCCGGCGGAUGUGGCCUGCGCCGAGGCCGGUGUGCUACCCUUCCGUUUCCAAGCCACCGCCGCCCUCUGCAGCAGGGCCAUCGGUCACUCCGAGAGAACAAAAGCAAGCCAAAACCACGACCACCUCAACGAUAACGCCAACACGGCUCUCCACAACCUCUGCGGUAAAAACAUCCCCAAGAUCGCCGGCCUCCGACGCCUGGGACCGAGACACUGGCAAACCCCCCCUCCCAAAGUAGACCUCAAGCUCAAAGAACGCCUCUCAAGAAACCCAAACCCAGCUGUAGCACAGGAAACCUUCAAAAACCGCAUCCGGGAAAGGUACCAGAAACACGACAUCCGAUUCACGGACGGCUCCAAGGCUGCCGGCAGAGUCGGCAUCGGAAUUUACUCCUCCACCCUCGAUGAAUCGUACCGACUGUCGGACCGUUGCACGGUCUACUCAGCUGAAGCAGCCGCAAUCUUCAGGGCCAUGGCCAUACCCAGCACACUGCCGAUCCUCAUCGUUUCGGACUUGGCUAGUGUCCUACCCUAG